AUGGGAUUUAUGAGGGUAAAUGAUACCACCGCCUUGGCCGCGAAGGUAGAAGCACUGACUAAGAGGUUUGAUCAAUUUAUGAUGGGCUCGAGCUCAAAUUCUGGAGCAGUCUUGUCUUGCGGUACUUGUGGGGCUGCACACUCAACUGUACAAUGCCCUAUCUCUAUUUCCUCCACAGGGUCUAUUGAGACAGUGGAUUAUGUUGGCGGUGGUCAGAGGGGCCAAGGAAAUACAUAUGGACCCACGUAUAAUUCAGGGUGGAGGAAUCACCCCAAUUUUUCAUGGAAUUCGGGGCCACAGCAACAAAGACCACAACAACCUCCGGGACCUCAAUUUCAAUCUCAGCAAGAACAAGGGAAGAAAUUUACCACUGAAGAUGUACUGGCAAAGUUUAUGAUCAACACUGAGGCAAAAUUUCAAAAUAUCAAUAAUGAGCUAACUCAGCACAGUGGUCAAUUCAACGAGAUAAGCACAGUGUUAAGGAACCUCCAAGCAUCGGUCCAAUCACUAGAAAAUCAAGUUGGGCAACUAGCCAGGGCAAAUGCUGAGCGACCACAAGGUAGCCUCCCGAGCAAUACAGAGCAGAAUCCAAGGGAGCACCUCAAGGCCGUCACUCUUAGGAGUGGAAGAUCGUUGGAGGCAAGAGCCGAGGAUGGCUCAAGUGCCAAGGAGGAUGGGGUGACCAUUUUGGAAGACCCCGCAGUGGCUGAGCCGGUAAGUGGGGAGAAUAAUGACAAGCAAGGUGAGGAACCUGCUAAACCAUCAACAUCGAGGGUUCCCGAGUACAAACCCCCUGUCCCUUACCCAGCUAGGUUGAAACAAGAAAAAGAGGAUGCUCAGUACAAAAAAUUCCUUAACAUGUUCAAGCAGCUGCAUAUAAAUAUUCCACUCGUUGAGGCAUUGGCCGGAAUGCCUAAGUACGCCAAGUUCAUGAAAGACCUUCUUACCAACAAGAGAAAGCUUGAAGAGCUAGAAACAAUGGCACUCCCCAAGAAUUGUUCGGCAAUGAUUCAGAAGAAGCUUCCAAAGAAGUUGACUGACCCUGGGAGCUUCAUCAUCCCUUGUAUGAUUGGGGAGGGCAUGCAAGAGAAAGCACUGGCUGACUCCAGGGCCAGCAUUAAUGUAAUGCCAUACAAGUUGUUCUUGAAGUUGGGACUAGAGGAUUUGAGGCCUACGAGAAUGACGGUGCAACUUGCAGAUCGAUCGGUAAGGAAGCCCAGGGGUGUUGUUGAAGAUGUACUGGUAAAGGUGGAUAAACUUAUCAUUCCUGUGGACUUUGUGAUACUUGAUGUGGAUGAUGACGUUGAUGUCCCACUGAUCCUUGGGCGCCCUUUCCUUAAUACUUCUGGUGCUCUCAUCGAUGUAAAAAGAGGGAGACUGAUUCUCAAAGUGGGAGAGGAGAAAGUUGUUUUUACACUUCCUGAAGCAAUGAGGCAAACCUUGGAUCAUGAUGACCCCUUAUAUUUUACCGAUGAAACUGAUAUGGUCAUCUCUGAUUGUAUGCAGGAAGUUUUGGCUAUGAACCCAUUAGAUGAAUAUUUGGAAGAAGUGGAAAACAAGGAGGAUGAGAUGAAGGUCCAUGUUUCCCCUCCAAUGCAGCAUGUAAGCUAUGUGGGAACAGAUCCGCCACCAAGUUAUAAAAAGAAGAAAAACAUGAAGAAGAUGUGGCGCAAGGUGAACAAAAAGUUGAAAGAGGGGACGACAGUCACGCUAACGCCACCAAGAGAGGUAGACCGUCUUUACUUUGAGGGGAAAGGCAAGUUUCGAGUAUUUUCAUGCCUCUCAAUGAGUUUUCUAUCAUGGAACACAUCUCUUGGAAUUGGAGGUAACUCAACUUCUUUUGAUCCACCUUGA